GCAGCAGCCCCUGAUCAUGUGACUCCUCCUCCUCCAUGUGACUGAUCACAUGACGGUGACAUCAUCGCAGGUCCUGUAAGCUCACGGCUCCUGUACAGUCUGCAGGUGGAGGUAUAUACGGUUGUGGUGACAUCAGGAGCGCUGGGGGAGGGGACAUUACUAUUAACCCCUUCAGGUUUCUCCAAUCCAGGAUCCUCUGCUGAUAUCUUCUAUAUAAGAGAAUUCUCCUGGAUGACCCAUCAACCAUGGAGAGAGACAGGAACAAGAUGGCCGACAGGAUCAUAAACCUCACCCUACAGAUACUCUUCCAGCUUACUGGAGAGGAUUAUACAGUAGUGAAGAAGUCCUCUAGUGGGCGCUGUCGGGCCCCUGUGUGUGAAGGAUGGGGAAGAACCCUGAGCCCAAUCCCGGGGCCCCCACCUCACUCCCUGAUACAUGAGGAAAUGGAUGAACAGAAGAUCCGAGAACUCAUCAACAAGAUGAUGGAGCUGCUGACUGGAGAGGUUCCUAUAAGGUGUCAGGACGUGGCGGUCUAUUUCUCCAUGGAGGAGUGGGAGUAUGUAGAAGGACACAAUGAUCAGUACAAGGAUCAGGUGAUGAUGGAGGAUCAGCAGCCCCUCACAUCACCAGUCAGAUCCAGUAAGAGAACAGCACCAGAGAGGUGUCCCCGUCCUCUUGUUGAGCAGUAUAAGGAGGACAUUACUACAGGGAAACAUCUGAUCUAUAUUAAUGCUACAGACAUUAAGGAAGAAGAAGAGACAGAUGUGAGCGGUGAUGAGCAGUAUAAGGAGGACAUUCCUACAGGAAAAGAUUUGAUCUAUAUUAAUGGUUCGGACAUAAAGGAAGAAGAAGAGACAGAUGUGAGCGAUGAUGAGCAGUAUGAGGAGGACAUAUCUACAGGGAAAGAUCAGAUCUAUAUUAAUGGUUCAGACAUAAAGGAAGAAGAAGAGACAGAUGUGAGCAGUCAUGAGCAGUAUAAGGAGACCAUUCCUACAGGGAAAGAUCAGAUCUAUAUUAAUGCUACAGAUAUAAAGGAAGAAGAAGAGACAGAUGUGAGCGAUGAAGAGCAGUAUAAGGAGGACACUCCUACAGGCAAUUGCCCAGAUUCUUGUAGCAGGAGAUCAGAGGAGAAUCUUAUAUCUUCAGAUUAUAAAGCAGAUGAUGAUAUCACACAAGAUACAUAUGAAGAACAUUCCAUUAUCCCAGAUACACCCUCAGCCCUUCACAGCCAAGAUCUGUCAUCUUAUCCUAAAGAUUCAUCACAGACUAAUGAGCAAAAUAACGGACAUCAAAGAGAUCAUACAGGAAAGAAACCGUAUUUAUGCUCGGAAUGUGGGAAAUGUUUUACUCAGAAAAUAAGUCUUGUGGUACAUCAGAGAACUCACACAGGAGAGAAGCCAUAUUCAUGUUCAGAAUGUGAGAAAUGUUUUGCUUUUAAAUCAAAUCUUGUCAGACAUCAAAGAACUCACAGAGGAGAGAAGCCGUAUUCAUGUCCAGAAUGUAGAAAAUGUUUUACUCAUAAAUCAGAUAUUAUAAGGCAUCAAAAAAUUCACACACUAGAGAAACCUUUUUCAUGUUCAGAAUGUGGAAAAUGUUAUACUCAUAAAUCAGAUCUUAUUAGACAUCAAAGAAUGCACACAGGGGAGAAGCCAUUUUCAUGUUCAGAAUGUGGAAAAUGUUAUACUUAUAAAUCAGAUCUUAUUCAACAUCAAAGAACUCAUACAGGCGAGAAGCCAUUUUCAUGUUCCCAAUGUGGAAAACGUUUUUCUAAAAAAUCAUGUCUUGUUCAACAUAACAAAUAUCACACAGGAGAGAAGCCAUUUUCAUGUGUAGAAUGUGGGAAAGGUUUUAUUCAGAAAUUAGAUCUAAUUAAUCAUCAAAGAACUCACACAGGAGAGAAACCAUUUUCAUGUUCAAAAUGUGAGAAAUGUUUUACAUAUAAAUCAGAUCUAUUUAGACAUCAAAGAACUCACACAGGGGAGAAGCCAUUUUCAUGUUCAGAAUGUGGGAAAUGUUUUACUUAUAAAGCAGAUCUUAUUAAACAUCAAAGAACUCACACAGGGGAGAAGCUAUUUUCAUGUUCCGAAUGUGAUAAAAGUUUUACUGCCAAAUCAAAUCUUAUUCAGCAUAACAAAACUCACACAGGAGAGAAGCCAUUUUCAUGUGCAGAGUGUGGGAAUUGUUUUAUUCAUAAAUCAGAUCUUAUUAAACAUCGAAGAACUCACACAGGAAAGAAGCCAUUUUCAUGUUCAGAAUGUGGGAAAUGUUCUGCUCGGAAAUCAGAUCUUAUUAAACAUCAAAGAACUCAUACAGGGGAGAAGCCAUUUUCAUGUUCCCAAUGUGGAAAAAGUUUUACUGCCAAAUCAAAUCUUAUUCAGCAUAACAAAAUUCACACAGGAGAGAAGCCAUUUUCAUGUGCAGAGUGUAAGAAAUGUUUUAUUCGUAAAUCAGAUCUUAUUAAACAUCAAAGAACUCACUUGUUGAAAAGUUUUACUGACAAAUAGGCCUGAAACAACAAAUCUAUUAUGAAAAUAGUUGUCAACUAUUUUCAUAAUCAAUUUAUCGCUUGGUCGAUUAGUUCGUAAAUUUUCGUUGAUACUUACAUCAUUUCUUUGUGAAAAAAUUUGUGGAAAUUCUUUUUCAAUUUGUAUUUUUCUAAAUGUGAAAUUAUCUGCUUGUAAGGACAAUGAACAUGACAAAUAAAUUAUAUAUUGAU